GGAGUCCUCCAGCAGGGGCGGGACUUACACCGCCGGGAGGAGCAGAAGAAGAAGGAGAGGCAGUAACGUUUCGCUGAGUUCUGUUCCAAUUGGCUGACGGAGCUGCGGCUCGGCGGAGACUGCUCUGAUCUGAACUUUAAUUCAAACAUUUAGUUAAAAACACGUAUCAACGUUUGGAGUAAAGGGCGCCAUCUUUAGUGUUCACUUCCUGAUUUACCAGCUGAUCUCAUUAACACCGAAGACUACAGCUGAUCGCACAACAUCCGGUCUGCUGAUGAACAGACACGCAGGCAGGCAGACAGACAGGUAAACAGAGAGACAGGUGAGCAGAAAGACAGACAGACAGGUGAGCAGACAGACAGGUCCGAUGGGGAACAGUGCUCUGAAGUCUCACCUGGAAACAUCUCAGAAGACCGGAGUGUUCCAGCUGACGGGGAAGCACCUGCAGGAGUUCCCUGAGGAGCUCCAGAGACUGACCUCUAACCUGCGGACCGUCGACCUCUCAGGGAACAAGAUCGAGAUCCUACCUGAAGCUGUCGGCAACUUCCUGCAGCUGAAGAGCCUCACACUGAACCAUAACAGGCUGGCUGGCCUCCCCGCUGACAUCGGGAAGUUGAAGAAGCUGGAGACUCUGAGUCUGAGUGGGAACCGGAUCCAGCAGCUGCCCCCCACCAUGGGCCAGCUCCGGGCCCUGCGGACCCUCAACCUGUCUGGGAACCAGAUCUCAGAGUUCCCCUCUGGACUAGGGUCCCUGAGACACCUGGACCUGCUGGACCUGUCCCGCAACCAGAUCAGGAGCGUCCCCGCCGCCGUGUCCGAGCUGCAGGCCAUCGAGAUGAACCUCAACCAGAACCAGAUCUCGGUCCUGGCGGAGGAGGUGUCCCUCUGUCCUCGUCUGAAGGUUCUGCGUCUGGAGGAGAACUGUCUGGAUCUGUCUUCGGUCCCUGUGUCGGUCCUCAGGGACUCUCAGGUGUCUCUGUUCUCUGUGGAGGGGAACUUGUUCGAGGUCAAGAACCUUCGAGACCUGGACGGGUACGACAAGUACAUGGAGCGCUUCACAGCCACGAAGAAGAAGUUCACCUGAAGUCUUUGAGUCUGGACCUCAGACCACCUGGAGGCGGGGCCAGCUGAGACUCCGCCCACCGCCGCCACUGCUUCUUCUUCUGCUGCUAAUUCCGACCUCACAGCCGCCGGGACCCCCAGCACCGAAACCCCCAGACCCUCCAAAGCCCUGCCCCCCUUCCUGCUGGACUGAGCAGACCUGCUUCUGUCGGAUUAAUUUAACCUGCAGAGAUUUCUAACAGACGGAGACAGAGAAGACAGACAGAGAAAUGGAGGGAGAGACAUACAGAGAGAGACAGACAGACAGAGACAGACAGACAGACAGACAGAGACAGACAGAUGGAGAGACAGACAGACAGACAGAGACGGAGAGACAGACGGGUGUCCACUUGGGGGCGGGAGACAUGAAGGACAGGUCUCCCAGAGAGAGGGACGGACGAGGAUGGCAGAGAUUCAGGGACGCGUCACUCUGAAAACGUUUCAUGAAUUCUCUUUGUUUUCAUCAGGAAAUAUACAACAAAAUAAAAUAAAAUCUUCAAUAAUUGGGAAAAUUUUGAGUCAAAAACAAGAACAAAGAAAUUAAAAUAGAUCAACUCGAUAAAUUAUUUUUUAUCUAAUUUUAUUUCUUUGCUUUUUCUCCAAAUAUUUUAAAAUGAAAAACAGAAGAGAUUAAAAUAAACAUUUAUUUCAUUUUUCAUAUAAAAACUUUUAUUCUUGUUUAUAUUUUAAAUAUUACAUUCAGUAUUUUAUGGUUUCAUAUGAACUAAAAUGAAGACAAUAUUUAUCCCUCUGCACACCGGUGAACGGCAUGCUGGGAGCUGCAGUUCGCUGCCUAUUAUUUUACUUUGUAUUAAUUCUACUUUUUGUCCUGAUGGAAACAAACUGGAAUAUGAAUUCUUCUCAUUUAACAGUGUUAAUAUUUGAUUUAUUGAAAUAAAAGUGGAUCAGCUGCUGUUUGAAAUAAAUAA